UCUCUCUCUCUCUCUCUCACUCAUAUGGACGACACGAUAUUUCAUUAAAGAGCUACCAAGGCAUCAAAAUCUAAGAACUUCGAAGCCAUCGUAAGCUUUCAGCCAUGUUUUCGAAGCUCCUAACGUGGUUUCUCCUCAUGAGAUAUGCAGCUUCAAAAGAAGAUGGCGACGAUUUCAUUUACAACGGAUUCCGUGGCGCUAACAUGAGCUUGGACGGAGUAGCAGAGAUCACAUCGGAUGGCCUACUGCUUCUUACCAAUUCCAUACAACAAAAGAAGGGCCACGCCUUCUACCCCAUUCCUCUUCCCUUCAAAACUUCACAAGGUAAAACUCAAUCCUUCUCUACCAAUUUCGUCUUUGCAAUCGUACCCAAGUAUCCGAAUAUGAAUGGCUACGGGGUCACCUUCGUGAUUUCACCUUCGAAAUACUUCCCAGGAGGUCAAGUAGGCCAAUACAUGGGCAUCUUCAAUCAGAAUAACAUCGGCAAUUCAUCGAAUCACAUAGUUGCCAUCGAGCUCGACACAUAUCUUAAUCCAGAAUUCGGUGACAUCGAUGACAACCAUGUCGGAGUUGACAUCAAUGGCUUACAUUCCAACACGUCUGCUCCUGCAGCCUACUUUAGGAAAAUGAGUGGUGGGUUUGAGAAUGUAAGCCUUGUAAGCGGAGAACUGAUGCAUGUUUGGGUAGAAUACGAUGGUCUCCAAAACCAUCUAAAUGUAACAUUAUCUCCUAUCAAAUUACCUAAACCUGAUCGUCCCCUCUUGUCAUCGAUGGUGGAUCUUUCAUCAAUCAUGUUAGAUGAUAUGUAUGUCGGUUUCUCUUCAUCAACCAAGACGGUUCCUUCAGCCUAUUACAUCUUGGGAUGGAGCUUUAAGAUGAACGGUCAAGCUCAGGCCCUUGAUCUCAGGCACCUUCCUAAGCUUCCACGGAUAGGACCCAAAAAGAAAUCGAAGCUUUUAACAAUUGGGUUACCCGUAAUUGUGAUAUUUUUCACGUUAACGGCCAUCUUGGCUGUUGGUCUCAUUGUGAGAAGGAAGAUCAAGUUCGCAGAAGUACUAGAGGACUGGGAACAUGAAUACGGGACCCAUCGGUUUUUGUAUAAGGAUCUAUUCAUGGCCACUAAGGGCUUCACUGACAAAGAGGUCCUGGGGUUCGGGGGUUUUGGUAGGGUUUACCGAGGAGUUUUAUCGGCUUCGAAGAUUGAAGUGGCGGUGAAGAGAGUCUCUCACGAAUCUCGACAAGGGAUGCGGGAAUUCAUAUCUGAAAUCGUGAGCCUGGGCCGCCUCCGCCACCGGAACUUGGUGCGACUUCUCGGCUACUGCCGGCGAAAGAGAGAGCUGCUACUGGUCUAUGACUUCAUGCCCUAUGGAAGUCUGGACAAGUUCCUCUUCGACCAUCCAAAUUCAAUGCUGAGCUGGAGUAAACGGUUUCAGAUAAUUAAAGGAGUAGCUUCAGGGCUUCUCUACUUGCAUGAGGAGUGGGAGCAGGUGGUCCUUCACAGAGACAUCAAAGCCAGUAAUGUCUUAUUAGAUAGCGAGAUGAAUGGUAGAUUAGGCGACUUCGGCCUCGCCAGAUUGUAUGAUCAUGGGACGGAUCCACAGACGACACACAUGGUGGGGACCUUCGGAUAUCUUGCACCAGAGCUGACUAAGACGGGGAAGGCAACCACAAGCACUGACGUAUUUGCAUUCGGAGCUUUCAUGCUUGAGGUUGCUUGUGGGAGGAGGCCCAUCGAUCCCCAAGAUGAGGUGACCUUGGUCCAGUGGGUGUCGGAAUGCUGGAAGAGAGGGACAAUUCUGGCUGCUGCAGAUCCGAAACUGGGACUUGACUAUGAUGUGGAGGAGAUGGAGUUGGUGCUUAAGAUUGGAUUGCUGUGUUUGCAUCAAUUGCCGGCUGAAAGGCCGAACAUGCGGCAAGUAAUGCAGUUUUUGGACCGCAAUGCACCUUUACCCGAACUCUCAUCCGAUAGUCUGGGUGCAGCAAUCCUUGCAGUAGGCCAUUAUAAAAGGUCAGAUGAUCUACGCUUGUCAUAUCCUUCUUCUUUGGAACUAGGGUUUGCAAGCACUUCAUCGAUCGAAGGAUCGGUCCUCUCCGGUGGCCGUUGACGGACGAUGGUAAGGAGUUACGUGAUGGUGUGAGUUUGCUAUCCUUUAACGGACCGGUAGAUUUGCUAGAAGACAGAAAAUAGGAGCUAUGUAGACUAGAAAGUAACAAUGUAUUGGUGCUUUUUGGUUGACGUGGUACGCUUUUUUUUUCUUUAGCUUUACUACCACUUUUGUUGAAAUGUAGAGAAGUUUACUCGUUUAGUUUGUAAAGCUCGAGGCCAAAUGGAGGAGUUCUGUAUAACUACGAACAAGUGGGACUAUCUUUCUAUAAUCCAAACCGUUGAUGUUAUGAGCCUCACCUUUGAUUUGAGGACCAUAAUAUCAACGGUUUGGAUCUGGGAACCAUGGGUCCCGCUUGUACAAAGUGAGAUCCCGAAUCAUGGUUUAUAAAUAUUCAACCCAAGAAUUUUGUAAGCCCUCAGCUUCGAUUAGGUAUACACUGUUUAUUUAGCAUGCUUAGACAGUGGGAAACCCAGCACAUUUCAAAAUGAGAUCCAAGGAAGGCAUUUUGAAAAUCAUGUUGGGAUUCUAGCCCGCGGCCCCUGGACGGUCAGAGAUUAAUGUGCACCGAGUUCUCAGUACUGUACUCAGAAAGACUAUGGAUAAUACGAGUGUUAUUUUAUUUC